AUGGCUGGCACCACGCUAGCAAUGCGCUCCAUGGUCUCGCCGUCCAUCAUGCAGCUGUCGUCGGUGUCGCGCCGCACCCUCUCGACCACCUCUCAGGCCCUCCGCGCGAAGUCACUUCGCCCCAGCGUCCAGGUCAUUUCGCGCGCCGCGCGCCGCGGCUACGCUGAUGCUGCUCCCUCGCCGGCUCCCAAGCCCAAGAAGCGUUUCCGCGCCCUGCGCUGGGCCUGGCGCCUGACCUGGCUGAGCGCUCUUGGUCUGACCGGCGCUCUGGCCUACAGCAUCUACGAGCUGCGUCACCCUGAGGAGCAGUAUGAGCCCGACCCGACGAAGAAGACUCUGGUCAUCCUUGGUACUGGCUGGGGUUCCGUCUCCCUGCUGAAGAAGCUCGACACCGAGAACUACAACGUGGUUGUCAUCUCUCCUCGCAACUACUUCCUGUUCACCCCCCUGCUGCCCUCGUGUACUACCGGUCUUAUCGAGCACCGCUCGAUCAUGGAGCCCAUUCGUAACGUUCUGCGCCAGAAGAAGGCAACCGUCAAGUUCUUCGAAGCCGAAGCCACCAAGAUCGACCACGAGAAGCGCGUGGUCUACAUUAGCGAUGAUUCUGAAAUUAAGGGUGACAUCUCUCACACCCAGGUUCCUUUCGACAUGCUCGUGAUCGGUGUUGGUGCCGAAAACGCGACUUUUGGUAUUGAGGGUGUCCGCCAGCACUCGUGCUUCCUGAAGGAGGUCACCGAUGCUCAGAACAUUCGUAAGCGUAUUAUGGACUGUGUCGAGACUGCCAUGUUCAAGGAUCAGACCCCCGACGAGGUUAAGCGCCUGCUGCACAUGGUGGUGGUCGGCGGAGGCCCGACUGGUGUUGAAUUCGCGGGUGAACUGCAGGACUUCUUCAACGAUGACCUGAAGAAGUGGAUUCCCGAGAUCCAGGACAACUUCCACGUUACUCUCGUUGAAGCCCUGCCCAACGUUCUUCCCAUGUUCUCGAAGCAACUGAUUGACUACACCGAAUCAACCUUCAAGGAGGAGGAGAUUACCAUCCGCACCAAGACUAUGGUCAAGAAGGUCACCGACAAGUACAUUGAGGCCGAAGUCACCAACCCGGAUGGCAGCAAGUCUCUGGAGACCAUCCCCUACGGUCUUUUGGUUUGGGCCACGGGUAACGCCGUGCGCCCUGUUGUCCGCGACCUGAUGAGCCAGCUCCCCGCCCAGAAGGACUCCCGCCGUGGUCUUGCUGUGAACGAGUACCUUGUGGUCAACGGUACGGAGAACAUCUGGGCCGUCGGUGACUGUGCCAUUACCAACUAUGCCCCCACCGCCCAGGUUGCCGGUCAGGAGGGUGCUUUCCUGGCCCGCCUCCUCAACACCAUGGCCAAGACCGAUGCCAUUGAGAAGGAGCUGCAGACAUUGUCCAGCGAGCAGUCCAAGGCCAAGACUGACGAGGAGCGCAACCGGGUCUUCGAUGAGAUCCGUGAGCGCCAGAGGCAGCUUCGGAGGACCAAGCAGAUUGGUCCCUUCCAGUACUCCCACCAGGGUAGUCUGGCCUACAUUGGCAAGGAGCGUGCCGUCGCCGAUAUCAGCUGGCUGAGCGGCAACAUUGCCAGCGGUGGUACCCUGACCUACCUCUUCUGGCGCAGCGCCUACCUGAGCAUGUGCUUCAGCAGUCGUAACCGCGUCUUGGUCGCCAUGGACUGGAUCAAGGCCCGCCUGUUCGGCCGUGACGUCUCUCGGGAGUAA